GGUUUCGGUGCCCUCCGAGAGUAAAAUGUCAAAGCAGCAUAUUUGCUGUUUGUGUCACCAAACACAGCUCCUCUGGGCCAAAAUUCAAAUAUUGAAGACUGGUACUGAUGCCAGGUAAGGCAAUAUCUGCCACAUUUACAUUCCUGCACCUGCGCUGCUCUAAAAAGGAGCAGCACCGAGAUCGGCCCCCCACCACCAGCUCUAUAAAACUCCUCUUCCCAGACGUGAUGUUCAGGGAACAGCAUCUGCCAUCCUAUGCUGAGCAUCGGCACAGCAGCCUGCGUGUCCACCACCUGUCGUGCAGGAUGGAAGCUUCCCACUCGCAGCAGCAAUUUAACGCUACUUCAUACGAUAUCACCGUUAUGCUCGUCAUCACACUUCAGGCUUUUGCUGGCAUGUGGAUCAAUGCUUUCAUUGUGGCUGUGUCUUGCCUUACCUGGGUUAAAAAGAAAAGCUUUAACUCCAGUGAGAAGAUCUUGCUGUUUCUGGGAUGUUCCAGGUUUUGGUUUUUGUGUGUGAUAUGGGCAUAUACCAUUACUUCCAUGAUUUUUCACUGGCAAACUUUUAUCAGUGGGGUGACCCCAAUAUUUUCACUUCUUUUGUGCUUUUCUAAUUCUUCCAACUUGUGGGCUUCUGCCUGCCUGUAUGUUUUUUAUUGUGUAAAAAUUGCAAACUUCAGACACAUCUUCUUCAUCUACCUGAAAGUAAAAAUUGACAGGAUUGUGCCAUGGCUGCUCUUGGCUUCAGUGGUUUUGUCCCUGGUCAUGUGUGGCCCCAUCAUAAACAUUACUGAUGAACUAAGGGGUAGCAACCUCAGUUCCAGCUCCCCUGGAUAUGCCACAAAAGUGAAUGAGGAAAUGAGCAAACAAUAUUCCCCUGUUUUGUAUAUCUGCAGCUUUGGCUUUUCCAUAGCAUUCAUGAUAGUCAUCUUCUCUGCCCUUCUCCUCCUCUUUUCUCUCUGGAGACACAAGCACAAGAUGCAGACAAGCUCAGCAAAGAACCUCAGCAUGGACUCCCACAUCAAAGCCAUGAAAUCUCUGCUGUCCUUCUUCAUCAUCUACGGCAUCAACUUCACAUGUUUGAUCUUGACAAUGAUUUAUACCAGCCGGGAGAAAAAUCCUAUGACGUUUCUCCUUUUAGUACUCCAGUAUGCUUUUCCCUCUGUUCAUUCCCUUAUCCUGAUUUUCAGCAGCCCCAAACUGGAAAAGAUAGUGCUGAGGAUUCUGCCCUGUGUGAAGCGCAAGCUUUGCAUAUGCUAG